AUGGCGAGACUCUUCGUCUCUAUCCCUAUGCAAACAGCAGCCUUGUCGUCGUUUUCUCAGCCUCUGUUUCCGCCGACGGUGAGAAAUUUCGUCGAUGGAGGGACGGAGAGAAUAUGUCUUAACCGGAGAGUUAGACACUGUUCCGUGGUGACGCGAGCAGGGCCUAGUACGAGUAGCUACUUGCUUGCGUUCGCAAUUCCCGCUACUCUUAUCGCUGCCACUGUUUUCACUUCAGCCAAAAUCGCUGAUAAGCUUGACGAGGAAUUCCUUGAGGAUAUUGCGUUGAACCAAGCGAUAAAAGCAGCAGAAGAUGGAGAGAAUGCUGAAGGUGAAACCUCACUGGACGAUUUGAUUAAAGAACCUGUGCUUCAACGAACACGUAAACGUCCGAAGCGUGAAAUUUAA